AUGAGUUCGCCUCCGUUUGACUCGCAGGCUACCACGCCGACGAGGACCAGCUUCGACCAACCACCUCCUCAAAAGGACCAGAACGACCGCCUCGAAACCAUCCCCAGUGCCCUAGCCGCUGACAAGGAGAAUGACGACGAUGUGCCCCCGCUGAGCGCGCGGGAGACUGCAGAAAGAGAACUAGAGCUGGAGGCCGGAUAUGGCACGGCCAGCCGCGAAGUAAUAGAGAAAGCUCAGGGGAAAGAUCCCAAUCUCGUCGAAUGGGACGGGCCUGACGACCCCGAGAACCCUCAGAACUUCUCCGUCGCCAAAAAAUGGGUCAUCACCAUGCUGCUGUCGUCUCUGACCAUCUGGAUCACCUUCGCCACCAGUGUCUUCAGCCAGGCCACCGUGGUCACCGCAGAGUUGUAUCACGUAUCGACUGAAGUAACAACGCUCUCCACCAGUCUCCCUCUUUUUGGCUUCUGCAUCGGUCCGCUGGUCUGGGGACCAUUCUCCGAAUUAUACGGUCGUAAAACCCCUCUCUUUUUUGGGUAUGCAGUCUUUGCCAUUUUUCAAAUCCCUGUCGCCGUCGCCCAGAACCUCCAGACGAUCCUUGUCGCUCGAUUCUUCGUGGGACUCUUCGGUUGCGCACCAUUAGCGGUCAUCGGAGGAACGCUCGCCGAUAUCUGGGACCCGGUCGAUCGCGGUGUCGCCGUUGCCUUGUUCUCAGGGGCUACUUUUGGAGGACCUACCUUUGGGCCGAUCAUUGGCGGCUUCAUUGUCGAAUCCCACCUCGGCUGGCGAUGGACCGCCUGGAUCACACUAAUCGCCUCCAGCUUCUUCAUGAUCAUCGCCUUCAUCUUCGUCCCCGAGACCUACGCGCCGGUCCUCCUCCAGCGGCGCGCCGCCCGUCUGCGCGUCGAGACCAAGAACUGGGCAUACCACGCCAUCCUCGACGAAAAUCCGCCGAAGAUGGGCGACAUCGUGACACGCUACCUGCUGCGGCCCUUCCAAAUGCUCAUCCUCGAGCCCAUCCUCCUCCUAAUCACCAUCUACCUCGCCCUCAUCUACGGCAUCCUCUACCUCACCUUCGAAGCAUACCCGAUCUCCUUCCAGGAAGUUCGCCACUGGACACACGCCGGCGUCGCCGCACUGCCCUUCCUCAGCAUCCUAGUGGGCGUCUUCAUCGGCGGCGCCAUCAUCAUCUUCGUCACCAAAACCCGGUUUGCGCGCAAAAUGAAGAAGCACGGACGCGUCGUGCCCGAAGAGCGUCUGCCGCCCAUGAUCAUCGGCUCAAUCCUCCUGCCCAUAGGCCUGUUCUGGUUCGGAUGGACAUCAAACGAGAACAUCACCUGGGUGCCACAAGUACUCGCCGGCGUGCCCAUUGGUGCGGGCAUCCUGGUGAUAUUCAUGCAGGGGCUGAACUAUAUCAUUGACGUGUACCUGAUGUUCGCGAACUCGGCGAUUGCCGCCAACACGCUUGUGCGGAGCGCCCUCGGUGGCGCUUUCCCAUUGUUUGCGACGCAGAUGUACACCAAGCUCGGCGUGGAUUGGGCAUCUAGUCUGUUGGGGUUCUUGACCCUGGCUAUGGUGCCGAUUCCCAUUCUGUUUUAUAUCUACGGUGCCAAACUCCGUUCUAUGAGUCGGUUUAACCCGAGAUUGUAG